AUGUCAUUUAAGAACAUUAUUGUGUUUGGAGCUCAUGGUCAAAUUGGCCAACACUUUCUCAGAUUUGCUUCAGCUUCUGGAAUUAAAAGUACUGCUGUAAUUAGAAAUAGUGAACAAGCUUCAAAGAUUACACAAAUAGCCUCGGGUGUUACUGCCAAGGAAAUUACAGUGGAUGGAUCUUCGGUAGAAGAACUCGGAGCUGCAAUUUCGGGUCACGAUGCCGUAGUACUUACUCUUGGCUCUAGAGGUAAAAGCUUACUCCAAGUGGAUUUGGACGGUACUGUCAAGGUUUUUGAAGCUGCUGUCCUUGCCAAGGUUAGAAGAUUGGUGCUUAUCAGUGCUGCGAAUGCCGAAAAUAGAGAAUGGUUCUCUAAAACCUCACUUCGUGACUACUACAUCGCCAAGCACUAUGCAGACCGUAUUUUGGUGAAUGAAUUCAAGCAAAGUCUUGAUUUUACAAUUUUGCAACCAGGUGCCUUAACUGAUGGUGCUAGCACUAAAAAGUUCGGCCAUUUGGGUGGCGAAACACGUUCUGUAGACCGUGAAGAUGUGGCCUAUGCCAUUUUGGAAACUUUGAACGAUAAGGAAACUUAUGGAAAGAGUAUUCCAUUUGUUAAUGGUAACACCGAUAUUGGUGAGUUUUUCAAGAAUGUAAAAUAA